UUUGCAACUAAUGGCUCAUUCUAUUACGGCGUUACCCAGUAUCAUCCACUUCAUCCUUGGAGGGAACUUAAUUGGGUUCGGAAGAUUGAAGCUUGGAACUUGGUUUCUCCAACCACUAAUUUCCACUAACUGAAGCAGCGAAAUCUGGAAAGAGAACAGUUUUUUCGCACUGCAAGAGCACCAAGUCAACCCGCAUACUUCUGCCUUCUGGUGGGCUGCCCUUUCAACAUGUGCCCCAUCAGGAUCAUGGGUAUAUUUAUUUAAUCUAGGCUAGACAAAUUCAUUGAAUCCAUGGCUAUCCUUCCUUAUUUGCUUGUUCUUCCCAAUCUGCUUUUGUUCUUCCCUAGAUUUUCUUUUGCAACUGAUACCCUCACCCAGUUCGAGUCUCUUCCUGACGGCCAGACCUUGGUUUCUGAAAAUGAAAUCUUUGAAUUGGGUUUCUUUAGCCCUGGUAGUUCCACAGACCGCUAUGUUGGAGUCUGGUACCACAAAAUCCCAGGUAAAACUGUUGUUUGGGUUGCCAACCGAGGCAGACCUAUCAAAAACAACUUUGGCAUGUUGAGAAUAAACACAGAGGGACAUCUUGUGCUUCUUGGCCAAAACGAGACAGUUGUUUGGUCAGGAAAUUCCACCACAAAAGCUUGGAGUCCAAUUGUGCAGCUUUUAGGCUCUGGAAACUUGGUUCUAAGAGAUGGGAAAGAUCAAAAGCCUCACAACUAUUUGUGGCAAAGCUUUGACUAUCCUUCUGAUUCAAUUUUGCCAGGAAUGAAGCUUGGAUGGGACCUCAGAACUGGUCUCAAUCGACGUUUUACAGCAUGGAAGAAUUGGGAUGACCCUUCCUUUGGAGACCUUACAGAUGAACUUGUACUACACAAUUAUCCUGAAGACGUAGUCAGGCAGGGCACAACAGAGUAUAUAAGGAGUGGUCCCUGGAAUGGUGUCCGGUUCAGUGGCAUUUCUCAUGCAACGAACAAUCCACUUCAUGAAGGAGAGUUUGUCUGGAAUAAAGAUGAGGUGUAUUUCGUUUAUAAUGUGAGAAAUGAGUCACUGAUUACCAGAUUUGUCUUGAACCAGACAUUAUACUCAGUACUGGACAUGAUAUGGAUUGAAGAAGAUCAAAGGUGGAUCACUUUCAGUUAUAUACCGAUUGAUAACUGCGAUAGAUAUAGCCGUUGUGGCCCUAAUGGAAACUGCGUUGAGGGUGAAACACCAAUUUGUCAGUGCUUGACGGGCUUUUUUCCAAAAUCACCCAAGAGAUGGAAUGCAAUGGACUGGUCUGAAGGAUGCACCCGUAAUGAAUCAUGGAGUUGCAAGGAAAAAAACAGGGAUUAUUUUGUCAAAUUUAGUGGGCUCAAAUUGCCAGAUACUAAAUAUUCUUGGGUCAAUGCAAGUAUGACACUUGUGGAAUGCAAAGCCAAAUGCUGGGAAAAUUGUUCUUGUACUGCUUAUGCUAAUUUAGAUGUCAGGGGAGGAGGAAGUGGUUGUGCUAUGUGGUUCGGUGAUUUAAUUGAUAUAAGGCAGAUUCCCUUUGAUGACCAGGAUUUAUAUAUUCGCCUUGCUUCUCCAGAAACAGCUGAACAGGAUGGAGCUAAUGGAAAUACAACAAUGGUGAUUACAGCACUGGUGACCAUUGUAUUGGCUAUUAUGAUGCUUUUCACUUUGUUUUGCGUUUGCAAGCUUAGAAGAAACUCUAUAGCAAACAAUGAAGAAGGAUCUAACGGAAAUAUGGAGCUAAAAACCUUGAUAGCAAUAAACAAUGAAGAAGGUUAUGAAGGAAAUACGGAGCAACGUAUCUAUGACCUUGCAGUAAUAGCUAAUGCUACUAAUAACUUCUCAUCAGACAACAAGCUUGGCCAAGGUGGUUUUGGUCCUGUAUACAAGGGUAUGCUUGUGGACAGACAAGAAAUUGCGGUGAAACGUCUUUCACAAAGUUCUUGCCAAGGGCUGCAAGAAUUUAAGAAUGAAGUCAAAUUGUGUGCCAAACUUCAGCACCGUAAUCUUGUUAAGGUUCUUGGUUGUUGCAUUCAAGGAGAGGAGAAAAUGCUCAUAUAUGAAUACAUGCCCAACAAGAGCUUAGAUUCAUUUAUUUUUGGUUCUAAAAGAAAACUUCUUGAUUGGUCCAAGCGCUUUCACAUUAUCCACGGAAUUGCUCGGGGGCUUAUGUAUCUUCAUCAGGAUUCUAGAUUAAAAAUCAUCCAUAGAGACCUCAAAGCUAGCAAUGUAUUACUGGAUAGUGAAUUAAAUCCAAAAAUAUCAGAUUUUGGUUUGGCAAGAAUAUUUGAAGGAGAUCAAAUUGAAGAUAACACAAGACAAAUAGUUGGUACAUAUGGUUACAUGGCUCCUGAAUACGCAAUUCGUGGGCUAUUCUCCAUCAAAUCUGAUGUGUUCAGCUUUGGAGUAUUGUUAUUAGAAAUAGUGAGUGGCAUGAAAAACAGGGAGCCUUUUUUGCCAAGCCAAAGCAUUAAUCUUAUUGGACAUGCAUGGAGGUUGUGGAAUGAGGGAAUCCCACUUGAAUUCUCCGAUAAACAUUUGGGGGAAUCUUGCGUUGAAUCAGAAGCAUUACGAUGCAUCCAUGUUGGUCUUCUUUGUGUGCAAUACCAUGCUAAUGAUAGGCCAAACAUGACAUCUGUUGUCAUAAUGUUGAGUAGUGAAGGUGUUUUGCCUGAACCUAAAGAACCUGGUUUACUUUUAGAAAACAUCCCAAUUAAGAGAGAAUCUCCUAAUAGUCAUACAAAUCCUUCAAUUAAUAAAGUAUCUAUCACCUUGUUAGAAGCCAGGUAAGGUCAGUUUUACUUAUUGAUUUUGGACCACUAAUGAGAGCACUCUCAAGGAAAA